AUGGCGGCGGGUUGGUCGCCUCCCAGCAGGGAAAAGCCCUUCUGGUGCUUGGAAUGUGGGAAGAGCUUCAGGAGGAGCUCUCACCUUCUCCGACACCAAGACAUGCACACUGGGGCACGUCCUUACACGUUUGGGGAGUGUGGGAAGAGCUUCAGCCAGAGCUACCACCUGUGCACCCACCAGCUCAUCCACACUGGGGAACGGCCCUACACGUGUGAGGAAUGUGGGAAGAGCUUCAAUCGGAGCUUUCACCUUCGUUCCCACCAGCACAUCCACACUGGAGAAUGUCUUUACACGUGUAGGGAAUGUGGGAAGAGCUUCAGUGGCAGCUCCACCCUCCGCAAACAGAAUCGCAUCCACACCGGGGAACGGCUCUACAAGUGCUUGGAAUGUGGGAAGAGGUUUCCAACCAGUUGGAAUCUCUACAGGCACCAGCGGACACACACAGAUGAGAGGCCCUUCCGCUGCACUGACUGCGGGAAGAGCUUCAACCAGAACUCCCAUCUUGUUACCCACCGGCACAUCCACACUGGGGAGAGGCCCUACAAGUGUGGGGAGUGUGGGAAGAGCUUCUCCCACAGCUCUAACUUGACCAAACACCAACGGACCCACCAAUAAAAGAAGCCCUACGAGUGCUCCGACUGCGGGAAGAGCUUCAGCUGCUUCUUCCACCCUGAAUGAACCCCCUGAUGGUGAGGCAAUCCCUGGAGUCCAGUGACUGUCAGUCCAUCCCUUUCAACCAGAAAGGGUCAGUCCCCUUUCUCAGGGACAGGUUCUUCCAACAGAACCCUUCUUGGGGGCUGUGUCGAGAUU